CCUAGUUGGGAUCUACCUAUUUACAAAGGGAUUCCUCCUCACCCGACUCGCACUCCCUGACAGAAAUGCAGAUACCUGUACUUCACUCGCUACCCACAAAAAAGCAGUAUUGCUUGUCAUAGACGCCCUCCGCUUUGAUUUCAUCACAGAACACCCGCCAGAACCUGCAUCACCUUUCCAUCAUAACAUCCUAACUCUGCCGCGCGAAUUGACCGCCGCUCAUCCCGACCGAUCAUUUAUAUUUAACGCCUAUUCUGACCCACCGACCACAACUCUUCAGCGACUCAAAGGCAUCACCACAGGGUCUCUACCCACCUUCGUAGAUGCCGGAGAAAACUUUGGAGGCUCUGCCAUCCAUGAGGACUCCAUUAUGCAUCAGCUAAACGCUGCGGGCAGAAAGAUCGCUCUCGCCGGCGAUGACACUUGGCUCACCCUUUUCCCAGAUGCCUUUCAGUCAAACAUGACCUUUGCCUUUGACUCCUUCAACGUCGAAGACCUUCACACCGUAGACCAGGGCGUCAUCGAUAAUCUUUUACCCUUGAUGCGACAUCAAGACUCGUGGCAUUUUGCCAUAGGUCACGGUUUAGGUGUCGACCAUGCAGGUCACAGAGUCGGUCCAGACCAUCCCGUCCUCAGAGAAAAACUCGAGCAGAUGAACACUCUUUUGCAUGAUGUCGUUGCAGCCAUGGACGAUGAUACCCUCCUCAUAAUGCUCGGGGAUCAUGGAAUGGACAAGAUGGGUAAUCACGGAGGUGACAACGUCCUAGAGACAAUGUCAGCCCUCUGGAUCUAUAGCAAGGUCCCUCUUUCCCUUCCCGAAUACACAAUUCCAGAGGUCAUUCUACCGGUGAUCACAUUCCCAGGCACUCCGGUCCCCCAUCGCCAUGUCCAGCAGAUAGACUUGGUGCCAACUAUCUCCUUACUCCUCGGUCUUCCUAUCCCAUUCAAUAACCUCGGAACUGUCAUUCCAGAACUUUUCAAUCGGGACUCCGACGGUUCAUCUUUGCAGAAAGCCAUGGAACUCAACGCAGCUCAGAUCAGGCGCUAUCUCGACACUUAUCGAUCUAAUUCGUCUGGUAAAGAACUUGAUCCUGCCUGGCAUGAUUUCUCUCUCGCCUGGGAUGGCAUAGAUGCGACGGAGGGGAAUCACCGUCUCAUUGCGCUUGAUAACUUUACUCGUUUGGCGUUAUCUGCUUGUCGGAUUCUCUGGGCUCAGUUCAACGUUUUCCUGAUGGGCGCUGGACUGGCUGUCAUUGGUUUGAGCAUCCUCGUCGGCUGGGCGUUGUACUCCAAACUCCGAGAUAUUGCGGACGUCGAAUGGGAGAAGUGGGUGGACGACAAAGUCUGGUGGUCGUUCAGCGCCUCUGCCGUAGGAUUUGCCAUAGGAUACCUGACGCACGUCGUGUUGCAUGAGUAUUUGGACGGCGUUGCCAUGCAUCAGACCAUGCUCUUCGCUGCCGCCAUCUCAUCAUCAUUCGUCAUGAUAGUGACCACCCGCCCCACAAUCACCUUGGAAUCCAUCAAAUCACUCCCCAUUUUCCUCAUUCUGCACACCCUAUGUUUCGCAUCAAACUCAUUUACAGUAUGGGAGGACCGCAUCGUGCUCUUCUUCCUCAUCUCGUCCAUCGUGCCCUCCGUCAUCACAGGCUUCACAGCUCCCACCUCCCGGCUGCGCUACCGCAUACUAGGCUUUUCCGCUCUCUUCGCUAUAUGUGUGCGCCUCAUGGCUAUGAGCACCGUCUGUAGGGAAGAACAACACCCAUACUGCACCGUUACCUUUUACACGUCCGAGUCAUCGUCAGCUCCACCACUCAUAGCACUCCUCCUCGCCUUCCCUGUUGCUAUCGCAGUUCCCCGCGUCGUCCGGCGCAUACUCGAAAUCUCGAAAUCAGACUCUGGUCUCGCUGUAACGUUCAUUCCGCUGUUGUUCGCACCGUCUUUGAUCGCUGGCACGAUGUUCUGGAUGCUCGAAUGGGUAGACUCUGCACAGGUCCUGGGAGAUAUGGGUGACGUUUUGAGGGUGACAAGGACAGUGUUGGCGAGGACCACUGCUGCUGUUAUGUUGAUUGGGGGGUUGUCGGUCUGGUGGACGUCACCUGUUUGCCUUGCGAUUUCAAAAAGCCAAGCGAGUAAGGCAUCUACACAGGAAAAUAUUGAAGUUACUGUGUUAGGCUUUGCCAACGCAUUCGGCUCUCCUUACCUCAUGCUCUGGCUCAUCUUCUUCAGUAUCGUGUGGUUGAUGACACAACUUUCAGGACAGAUCGUCCUUGGACUCUCAUCCAUCGCUCUUCUCUCGUAUCUAGAGAUCAUUGAUAGCGUACGGGACGUCCACAGCCUAAACAACUCAUUCACAUCCCCCAACGCAUCCCCCCAACUCGCCAAUACCAAUCCGAACCACGACCUCUCAUUCUCAGAAAUCGUACCCCUAGCGCUCCUAGCGACGCACACGUAUUACAGUACAGGCCACCAAUCGACAUUUUCAUCUAUCCAAUGGAAAAGCGCAUUUAUCCUCGGAAAGACGCUCUCCUUCCCUUUUUCACAUGUUUCCGUUAUCAUCAACACCUUCGGGUCCUUUUUCCUCGGAGCACUGGCGGUACCGCUGAUCGUACUAUGGAACCUCCCUCCCCUCCCCCUCUCCCCCUCUCGCCCCCGCCCAAACGCACUAAGAGCCGCACUAGCGAUAUCGUUGUAUUUCGCAGUGUUGGCGUUUGGAGCAGCUGCGUGCGGAGCGGUGUUGAGGAGGCAUUUGAUGGUGUGGAAGAUCUUUGCGCCUAGGUAUUUGGGUGCUGGUUUUGGGCUUUUGGUUGUUGAUGUGGGUGUUUUGGUUGGUGUUGGUGUUGGCGUUGGGGCGGUUGGGGCGGAGAUUGGGAGGGUUUUUGGGAGUGUGGGAGGUGUUGAUGGAUCUAAUUGAAUUGAGUUCCUUGGAUCGAUCACUCUGGUUGAUGUAAUUAUGGUGUACGGCUUUUUAAUACAGCAAGAACUCGAUACUUGGAGGGAGAUCGGAACGUUUUGGUUGCAAAGGCGGAGCACUGCCAGACACUGGAUACAUGUACUGU